CUUCCAUUUCCAUUUUGCAUUUACAAAGCUUCCUUGUCCGCGUUUACUUUGCCAAUUUCAAACUUCAAUCCAACCCUCUCGAUCUUUCUCUCCUCUUCAUUGCGCGUCUCGUGUUCUUCAACUUUGCUCUUCUCACUUCUCGCACUCUUCCUUACAUUUCUUCAAGUUUUAGGUACAAGUUAAUUUGUCUUGAUAUCAGAUAGGAUAAUUGUUUUGUCUAUAUCUGAUCAAAUCCUUCUAAGAGAGAAUGUUUGGUUCAAAGAAAUCUCCUCUGAAAGCUGCUAAGCCUAGCUCUGCCGACCCUGCCUAUCAUGUUAAAUCAGGUUCCAAUCCGUUUGAUUCUGAUGAUGAGACAAAUGGUAACAGGAAGUAUAAUUCGGCGAGGAAGUCUGAUCACCAUGCAUUAGUUUCACAUGAAGUUAGCACAAACCCCUUUGAUGUUGUUGAUACCCACGGGCACGGUUCAUCUUCAUCUUACGCCUAUUCAUCUGCCGAUCGGAACAGAUAUAAGAAUGAUUUCCGUGACACUGGAGGUUUGGAGAGUCAAUCAGUGCAAGAGUUGGAGAAUUAUGCUGUUUACAAGGCUGAAGAGACCACCAAGUCGGUGAAGAACUCGUUGAAGAUAGCUGAGGAGAUAAGAGAGGAUGCGACCAAAACUUUGGUGAUGCUGCAUCAACAAGGCGAGCAGAUUACCAGGAGUCACAAUGUCGCUGUUGACAUUGACCAAGAUUUGAGUCGGGGAGAAAAGCUUUUGGGAAGUCUUGGUGGCAUGUUCUCCAAAACUUGGAAACCAAAGAAGCCAGGCACAGUUAAAGGACCUGUCGUUUUCAGAGAUGAUCCAGUUAGAACGAAGGGCAGCCACUUGGAACAGAAAGAGAAGUUGGGACUGACUUCUGCUUCUAAAGGGCAGUCAAGGACACAGAAGGCACAUUCUGAACCAACAAAUGCACUUGAAAAAGUUGAGGUUGAACAUGGAAAGCAAGACGAUGCACUGUCCGAUUUAAGUGAUCUGUUGGGAGAACUUAAAGGCAUGGCUAUUGACAUGGGAUCUGAAAUCGAUAUACAAAACAAAGCCCUGGAUGGUUUUGAAACUGAUGCGGAUAUGUUGAAUAUCCGCAUGAAUGGUGCCAAUCAACGCGGGCGUCACCUACUCAGAAAAUAGGCCGGUGCUGAUGCAGAUCAUAAUAAGAUUGGUUUCAACUUGUGUUGUUUCCUUCCUACCCUGCUUCAACACUUUUCAUUAUUCUGUGGAUGGGGAUUUGAACAUUCUAUGAAACUAGUUUUGAUGCCAUCAUCAUCAUCAUGUACAAUGCACUUUGUGGGGGCAAAACAUUGUUUCUGUAAUAUAGUAUUGAUUUGAUAUUUGAGAUUAUUUAUGAAAUCUAUAUCAUGAUUCAUACAUAAA